GCUGCUUCCUCCCUGACGACGCCCCGCCCACAUCCUCCACCUUUUCGCGCGCGGACCGUCCCCUCCGCUGCAUCUGGCUCGCGCGCGAGCCCCGUCCACGUCCUCCUGCCGGCUAGAAGGAGGACGGCGCCGCCUGGAUCCGCUGGAUGUGACCGGCGCAGCCCGGUUCUUCCCUCUCCCCGGCUGCUUCCCCUACCGGGUGCCCCCCUGGGUCUGCUCGCGACCGGCGCCUUCCUCCGUCAUCGCGCUCGGCAGCAGCAGCAUCUCUGCUCCGAGCGGCACCGCCAUCCCCAUCCGCACGCUCGGCAGCAGCAGCAGCACGCCAACACCACCGGCGUUUGAGACAUGUCGCAGGGAGAUAAUUCGCCAUUGGUGAUGUCCGAGGACAUUGAGGUUGAUGACAUUGCAAUUUUACCAAUUGGUACUGAGAUAAAUGGUACUCAACCUAGUGCACCAAAGAGGAAGCAAAUCCGUACUACCAACUACUCUCAGGAGGAAGAUCUCCAAUUAUGUAAAUCAUGGGAGAAUGUAAGUUUGCAUCCUGUCACAGGAACUGAGCAACUUGGCAAGGCAUAUUGGAAGCGAAUUCAUGAUAACUUUCAUGCCAACAAAACAUUUGCAUCUAACAGGAAUGAAAAUUCUCUAGAGCAUAGGUGGGGGGUAAUUCACAAGGAGUGUCAGAAAUUUCAAGGCUUAUUUGAGGAGGUUGAGCGUCGUCAUCCUAGUGGAGUGCCAUAUGAGGAACAUUUGCUAGAGGCCCAGAAUGCAUAUGCAAACAAUGAUCCAAAGAAGAAGGGGUUUUCUUUCCUUCAUUGUUGGUUGAAGAUUAGACAUUCCCAGAAGUUCAUGCCCCCUACCACCAACAAGAGGCCUAGGAGAAGCAACUCACCACCAACAACAGAUGUGUUUGAUUUGGAAGAUGAUGAGAGUAUAAAGAGUCAAACCCCUGACUCUUCCAUGCCUAAUGGUAGAAGGCGUAUGGAAAGGAAGCAAGCAAAGGAAAAGAUGAAGAAAGGGGGGAAACAAACAAAUCCUGCAGAGUUGCUAGAAAAAUGGCUUACAGAGAAGGAGAAAAUUAGAGAUGAUAGGUGGCAGGAGAACAAGAUGAUGGAAGAGCGCAAGUUAUCACUUGAAGAGCGCAAGUUAUCACUUGAAGAGCGCAAGGUUGCAAAUGAGGAGAAGAAGAUGCUAUGGGAGAAAGAACAGAAGAUUAUGUUUUGUGACCUUGACAUGUUGGAGCCCUCCCAGAAAACAUAUGUGAUAGCAAUGAGGGCUCAAAUUGCAGCUGAAAAGAAGGCUGCCUUCAACAAUGCUUUUGUUGGCAGCAGUGGAGGACAUGAAGCUAGUGGUGGACACAGUGGUGGAGGCUGAAUUCGAUAGAUGUUUCAUUGUGAUAUGCAUGUUAUGUUUUGGUGGGCGCUUCAAUGGUGCAAGUUUAGUUGUAUUGUUGGACUUUAUGUUUGAUGGUUAUGUCAUUUGAUUUGCAAAGAUGUUAUGUACUAUGUUGUGAUCAAAUGUCAUCAAGUUCUGACCAAAUUUGUGUUUGAAUUAAAUUGGAAUAUUUGGAUUUCCUUUCA